AUAUCAAAGGAAAGCGUUAAGCUGCGAAGGAUCACGUAAAAGGACGAAGGAUACAUUGUGGAGGGGAGGAUAAGGAAUGACAUCUGUAUUUCAUAUUCUCUAGGGUCAGUUGACCUGUGAAUGUCGCACGCGCAUAUUCCAAAAGGAAGUAGGAUGUUAUCAUAAAAUUAAUUCAAACUUUCAAAGCUAAUAAUGAAAUUUUCAUCACGUUGUUUCAUUAAUCUUAAAAACUUUUUUAAAUAAAAACUUCUUUAUUGUCACAUGGACAACACGAGUGAAAGUCGGCUCUUAUUACCGAUUACAGGAGUUAACAAUUACAAACAUUAUUUAGAUCUCGAUUUAGAUUACUUAGAAAGACGCGCCGGUGAUCCAAUAGGGGUUGAAAAUGUCGACAAUAGUUCAAAGGAAGAAGAGAGCCCAGCCGAUAGUCUCGAUCGCGUUAAAGUGAUUUUUCUUGGCGCGCCAGGAGUCGGAAAGUCUAGCAUUAUUCGACAAUUUGUUUGGAGUGAGUUCUACGAAGAAUAUCGUCCAACAGAAAGAAGAGAAACAUUUUAUCCUAGUGUCGUUCACGCGGAUCGUCUUUAUGAACUUAAAAUAACGGAUUUACCAACAAUCCCAUAUUUUCCGGUUAGCACACACUUGGAGUGGACAGAUUUUCGAUAUUAUGGGCUUAGAAGUGCUACCGCUUAUGUUCUCGUCUUCGAUCUUAGUAACCAAGAUACAUUUCAGUACAUAAGGACUCUCAGAGAACAAAUUUACGAAGCAAGAGACAUGAGAGGAGUUCCAUUGUUGGUAGUUGGAAAUAAGCAAGACAAAUUGUCAGGCGUCGUUGCGUCAGGUACCAGAUACCGAGAUAUUGUCAACCUUGUAAGAAAACACUGGCGAUGCAGCUAUGUUGAAUGCAGUGCAAGAUUUAACUGUCGAGUUGUUCAGGUCUUUCGUGAACUGAUGAAGAGUAUUCAGGCUGUAGAAGGCACUUCCACUCCGACCCCAGCAGCAUCUCACCAGCCUCUUCGGUCUCAUUCUCAUGAAUCACGUGACAAGUGUGUACUUCUUUGACAGCAAAAGACGUCUUGUCCAGACAAUGAUGUCAAGACGAAAGAAAAGAAGACACUGAAAAAUUUCAAAUGUCAAAUAAAAAGAGUCUGAUGUGGACACAAUAGUGUUUUUCUUCUCUAUUGGUAUAGAAACGAUGACAAUUUUUGUUUAUUUUUUUCUUUUUAUUAUAAUUAUAAUAGAAAUGUGCCAAUGGGAUUAUCCCAGCUCAAGCAAUAGCUUACAUUUACUAAAUAUAUUUUCAUAUACUUGUUAUAAAAAUCUUCGAUUAUUGGAUAUUAUUUACAACUAACGAUGGUUAAACACAAAAUAAUAAU